AUGCUCAAUGCAGAAGAAGGCACAGAAACCCUCCUCGCCAUCUACAAAGGCUAUAUAAAUAUCGCGCUCACGCACUCAACCGGCAUCGUCCUCGAAACACGAACAUGGCGCGGCUCUCCGGCAUGGUCUUCCAAACUCGACCUUUCCGUCCCGCAGAUCCUCAAUCUGAACCGCGCGGCAGUGAAAAUCCUCCGUGAUCUCAGACCCAAGAUUGAGACGCCAUCUACUCCGAUCGUUAUCAGCGGGACGCUGGGGACUCUCCAGGAUGCGUACCAGGAUUCCACGGAUACGGUUUCUUUCUCUCAGGCGCAGGAGAAUUACCGCGCCCAGGUUCGCAUUUUCGCUGAGGAAGGUGUAGACAUGGUGUCGAUUAUGACUGCUACGAAUCUCAAUGAGGCUGCGGCGGCUGUGUGUGUGGCGCGCGAGUAUAAUCUCCCUAUUCUCGUCUCGUUUAGUAUUGAGGUUGAUGGACGGUUGCGGGGAAAGAGAACGCUUGAAGAUGCGGUGCGGGAAGUCGAUCGUCGCACGGGGAACUAUACGACGUAUUUCGGUGUGAAUUGUGCACAUCCGCGUCAUAUCAGGACGGCAUUGCGGGAUGUUCCUGAGGAUGUGAGGUCGAGGAUUGGGGCUAUUCGAGGGAAUGCGAGUCUUAAGAGUCAUGAUGAGCUUGAUAACUCGCUAGUGCUGGAUCGGGGCGAUGUUUCGGUGUGGGCUCAAGAGUUCAAUGGGCUUUUGGAUAUGUUGCCCGAACUGAAAGUCGUUGGGGGUUGCUGUGGCACGGAUGAAGAGCAUAUUGAGACUCUUGCGAGAGGAAUUUACAGGUAA